AUGCCGCUGCGGAUUGAUGUUCUCCGUCUGAGCAUAGGACGUAGUUUUGAUUAUUUGUCUGUUGGCCCAGUGAUGUCCAAAGUCUUCCUGCGAGCAAUUAAUCAGUAUGCAGAUAUGCUAAACAAAAAAUUUCUUGAUCAAGCCAACUUUGAGUUACAGCUUUGGAACAACUACUUCCACCUGGCUGUUGCUUUUCUCACACAAGAGUCUUUACAACUGGAGAAUUUUUCAAGUGCUAAAAGAGCAAAAAUACUUAACAAGUACGGUGAUAUGAGAAGGCAGAUUGGUUUUGAAAUCAGGGAUAUGUGGUAUAAUCUGGGUCAGCAUAAAAUCAAGUUCAUCCCAGAAAUGGUGGGACCUAUCUUAGAAAUGACGCUUAUCCCCGAGACGGAACUUCGGAAAGCUACAAUCCCAAUCUUCUUUGAUAUGAUGCAGUGUGAAUUUCAUUCUACUAGAAGCUUCCAGAUGUUUGAAAAUGAGAUCAUCACGAAACUGGAUCAUGAAGUGGAAGGAGGCAGAGGAGAUGAACAGUACAAAGUGUUAUUUGACAAAAUUCUCUUGGAGCACUGCCGAAAACACAAAUACCUUGCGAAGAGUGGAGAAACUUUCGUGAAACUUGUUGUCCGCUUAAUGGAGAGGUUGUUGGACUACAGGACCAUAAUGCAUGACGAGAACAAGGAGAACCGCAUGAGCUGUACUGUCAAUGUGCUGAAUUUCUACAAGGAGAUUGAGAGAGAAGAAAUGUACAUAAGGUAUUUGUACAAGCUGUGUGACCUGCACAAAGAGUGUGAUAACUAUACGGAAGCUGCCUACACGUUGCUUCUGCAUGCAAAGCUUCUUAAGUGGUCAGAAGAAGCAUGUGCAGCACAUCUUACCCAGCGGGAUGGAUACCAGGCUGCUACUCAAGGACAGUUGAAAGAUCAACUAUAUCAAGAAAUUAUCCAUUACUUUGACAAGGGCAAGAUGUGGGAAGAGGCCAUUGCCUUGGGUAAAGAACUUGCAGAACAGUAUGAAAAUGAAAUGUUUGAUUAUGAACAACUCAGUGAACUGCUGAGAAAGCAAGCCCAGUUCUAUGAAAAUAUUGUGAAAGUGAUAAGACCAAGACCAGAUUAUUUUGCUGUUGGAUACUACGGCCAGGGAUUUCCAACAUUCAUACGGAACAAAGUCUUCAUUUACCGGGGAAAGGAGUAUGAACGCCGCGAAGACUUCGAAGCAAGGUUAUUGACUCAGUUUCCAAACGCAGAAAAAAUGAAGACGACGUCUCCACCAGGCGAUGACAUUAAAAACUCCUCCGGGCAGUAUAUUCAGUGCUUUACUGUAAAGCCAAAACUGGAUUUACCGUCUAAAUUUCACAGGCCAGUGUCAGAACAAAUCGUGAGUUUCUAUAGAGUGAAUGAAGUCCAACGGUUUGAGUAUUCACGCCCUGUUCGAAAAGGAGAGAAAAACCCGGACAAUGAAUUUGCGAAUAUGUGGAUCGAGAGAACCAUCUAUGUGACAGCCUAUAAAUUACCAGGGAUUCUGAGGUGGUUUGAAGUCAAAUCAGUUUUCAUGGUUGAAAUUAGUCCACUGGAAAACGCAAUAGAAACCAUGCAGCUAACAAAUGAUAAGAUCAAUAAUAUGGUUCAACAGCAUUUAAAUGAUCCGAAUCUCCCCAUUAACCCUCUCUCCAUGCUACUUAACGGCAUUGUGGAUCCUGCAGUCAUGGGAGGGUUCACAAACUAUGAGAAG